AAGAUGUUGAAAUUAACAUUCUCAAAAGCUUAAUUUUCGUGUUACAACAUGUAAUAAGGCUCGGUGAGAUUGUCUGAACUUCAAAUGUCACACUUUAUAUAUUUACUGUAUAGUAGAUGUACACUGUAUAAUCACGCUGACGAGCAAAAUCCGACACGUAGCCCUAACAGCGUCAGGCUCUCACGCAGCACGAGACGCACAGCGUACGUUCCGCACGGCACGUAUGGAGGGCGGCCCGCGUCACGUGACAGUGAAGACUGGCAUGGCGCAGCCCAGGCUGGUUACGCGGUCCGCGCCUGCGCAACACAGGCUCGCGCAGCCUCGCGCAGGCUCUAAGGGCGGCAGCCGGAGUGGUUUCCAUGGAGUGAAGAUGGCGCCGUUUCCAGACGAGGUGGACGUGUUCACUGGCCCGCACUGGCGGAUGAAGCAGCUGGUGGGCCUCUACUGCGAGAAGCUGUCAAAGACCAACUUCUCAAACAACAGCGACUUCCGCUCCUUCCUCCAGUCGCUGCUCGCCACCUUCAGGGAGUUCAAGAUGCACGAGCAGAUUGAGAACGACUACAUCAUCGGGCUGCUGCAGCAGCGCAGCCGCACCGUCUACAAUGUGCACUCCGACAACAAGCUGUCGGAGAUGCUGUCGCUAUUUGAGAAGGGCUUGCGCAACGUCAAGAAUGAGUACGAGCAGCUGAACUAUGCCCAGCAGCUGAAGGAGCGCCUGGAUGCCUUCACCCAGGAUUUCCUGCCCCACAUGAAGGAGGAAGAGGAGGUGUUCCAACCCAUGCUGAUGCAGUACUUCUCCUACGAGGAACUGAAGGCCAUCAAGCAGGAGGUGAUGGCACAGCACCGUGACCAGGGAGGGCGUGACCACCUCAAGGCACUUAACCUGUGGAACCAAGCCCAGGAACUGCAACGGGCUUUCAAAUACUCUCUGCACGAGAAGUGGGAUGAGGAGCCAGAGAAGAGUUCCGAGGAGGCGCACAUCUCAGGGCUGCCACCAGAGGUCCUUCUAAAGCUCUUCCACUACCUGAGCCCAGAGGACCUCAGCCGCUGUGCACAGGUGUGCUCCUCGUGGUCUCGCCUGACCAAGACCGGCUCUUUGUGGAGACACCUGCACCCAGUGCGCUGGGCCAGAGGUGACUACUACCGUGGCCCCCCUGGUAACUCUGACCAGGAGCCAGAUGACGACUGGGUAAGGAGCCGGCAGGAUGAAAGCCGAGCCUACCAGGAGUGGGAUGAGGACGCCGACAUCGACGAGUCAGAGGAAUCUGCUGUGGACUCGGCCGCCAUCAACACCUGCCAGAGGGAGAAGAGACUCCUGAACGGGAUGAUCCAAUACCUUCUGCCAGAGGUCGGACCUUAUGUGAAGUCUGCCGUGCUCGCCUACAGCUCAGCGGUCUCCAGCAAGAUGGUACGGCAAAUACUGAACCUCUGUCCUAACCUGUCUCACCUGGACCUCACGCAGACGGACAUCACGGACUCCGCCUUUGACAGCUGGUCCACUCUGGGCACCUGCCGUCUCCUGGAGCAUGUGGACCUGUCAGGCUGCGACAAGAUCACAGACCUGACUCUGAAGAGGCUGUCUCUGGGCCUUGGGGACCUGUGCAGCAGUGGCACCCCUCCUGCGUCAGGCAGCUGCACCAAACAGCCAAGGGGCCUGCGACAAGAAGGUUCUGGAGGGGCAAGACAAGCGCUGGUCUUCAAGCGGAGGCCUGGAAGUCUGGCUAGCAUGCCCACGUACGUCUGGGUUCUGGACCCUGUCCAGCUGGCAGACAUUGAGGAUGCAGCUGAAUGGAGGCGGGGUCUCCCUGAGAAAGGAGGUGGAUCUUGCUGCUGCAGGAGGAGGGGCUUUAGGACUUCUAGCACUGCCUGCUGGCCACAGUAUGUUGGGGCAGGAAGCGGGCAGGCAAGGUGCGGGCACUCCUCCUGUUGUGGGGGCGAGGCAGCCCUAAGGACUGUGGGGGCGCUCUGGGAAACCCCCGUGGGGCUUCGGACUAAAGGGGAAGUGUCACACUCUGGCCAUGCCCCCACUGACCAAAAGACUGUCCGCCAACUGCGAUUCCUCAGCCUUUCUGGAUGUUAUCACAUCACUGACCUGGGCCUCAGGCUGCUCUCUCAGCGAGGGGGUCUUCCUCACCUGGAGCACCUGAACCUCUCUGGGUGUCUCUUCAUCACUGAGGUGGGGCUGCAGGAGCUGGUGUUGGUGUGUCCCUCGCUCAACGAUGAGCAGUUCUACUACUGCGACAACAUCAACGGUCCCCACGCUGACACUGCCAGCGGCUGCCAGAACCUGCAGUGUGGCUUCCGGGCGUGUUGCCGCUCAGGGGAGUGAGCCCCCCACCCACCCACCCCCCCCGCGCUCCUGGUCCCCACCCCUUUGGCGUAGCUCUCCCUUUCAUUGGCUCCCUGAUUGCACUUUAAUCUAGGAUACCAUUUGCUGUCCUUUCUGUCACUAUGAUGUUGUGCUGUUUUCACUGGUGAAAACGACAAAAAGAUGAGGCUUCUGCAGUUUUCUCCCCUUUCUUUCAAGUAUUUCUGAGAAAUGUCAACAACGAAAGAAAACCCUUGUGUCCCUUCAUUUUCGAAAAUACCAGAAGCUUGUUUCAUCUCACCUGAAGCUGCUCUCAUCCUAGUGUGGCGUUUUGAUGCUGAAGUUGGAAGUGUUUGUGCAACCAGUGACUGUAUCUGCCGUGUUUUGUAAGAACGGGCAGGGAGGGGUUGGCACGCGCAGCCAGUUCCAUUGCUGCUAUUUGUUGGUUUGGGUUGCUGAUCUCCGUUGGAAAAGGUGUGUUUGAUACUCCCCGGCGUAGAUUUAACACAUGCAAAAACACACAAAAAAAAAAAGUACACUUAAUUCUGCAGUAGGACUCAUUUGACUUAAUUUUUCUUGUUGGGAUGUUUAUUUACAUGCUAACUCAGAGGCAAGUAAUAGGAAAGACUCCUAGGAGGUGGACAUGUUUAUUUCAGCCGUAGUGCCCUCUUGUUUGGCGAGGAGGUGUGUUCCAUAGACAGGGCACAGUUUUACUCCCGCUAUUGGAAGGAAAAGGGAGAGUCUUGGCUCAUCUGAAAUAGGGGAAUAGUCCUCUCAUGAAGAAAAGCUAGGACCCCUCUCUGAAGCUGGUCCCUGGUGUUCUCAGAUACUUUCUAUGGUUUGUCCACAUAUUGAAAACAUCUCCAAGUCCUCCUGACCUGUAGGCAGGCUUGCUUGUUUUGUUCCGCUACGUUAGUUGGCGGCAUCACUCAUCCAAAGUGUGCAAUUGCCGUUUAUCUGCUCUUAGUCCUGGAAGUCUGUGUUUCAUUCUAAUAAAAUCAUAGGUAAAAAGUUCAUUUUCAGUUGACUGCUCAAAUGACUG